GUAAGAGUUGGGAGAGAAAGAAUUCUCAAAUAAGACAUCCCUGCAAGUUCAGCACAAUGGCAGUUAGCUGAAAUCAUUUUUUGUUGCUCGCUUUCACCAUGGCUUCUUCAUUAUCUAUUGCUUCUCUUCCCCCUUUCGCCAGCCCCAAUCAGCAGCCACUCCGUAAACCCAUCUCUCUCCUUCCAAGAAACCCUCCUUAUUCUCUCCCCAUUAUAUCCUGCUUGGGCAGAGAUGACUCUUCUUCUUCUUCUUCUUCUGCUGAUUCCAGCAAGAAAUCAGGCAGCAAUGGGUCAUGGGUCAGUCCAGAUUGGCUCACAUCAUUUACCCGGCUCCUUAGCAUCGGCCGUGAUGAUUCUGGUAUACCAGUCGCCAGUGCCAAGCUCGAAGAUGUCUCUGAUCUACUGGGCGGUGCCCUUUUCCUCCCUCUGUUCAAAUGGAUGAACGAGUACGGACCCAUCUAUCGCCUCGCCGCAGGGCCUCGUAAUUUUGUUAUAGUCAGUGACCCGGCUAUCGCAAAGCAUGUGUUGAGGAAUUAUGGCAAAUAUGCCAAGGGCCUUGUUUCUGAGGUCUCUGAGUUCUUGUUUGGGUCUGGCUUUGCCAUUGCCGAAGGCUCACUUUGGACGGCACGACGCAGGGCUGUUGUUCCAUCUCUUCACAAGAAGUAUUUGUCUGUAAUUGUUGACAAAGUAUUCUGCACAUGUGCCAAGAGAUUGGUGGAGAAGCUCGAAUCUGAUGCACUCAGUGGUGCUCCAGUGAACAUGGAGGCCAAAUUCUCUCAAUUAACUUUAGAUGUCAUUGGUUUGUCAAUAUUUAACUACAACUUUGAUUCUCUUAAUACAGACAGUCCUGUUAUUGAUGCAGUUUAUACUGCAUUAAAGGAAGCAGAGGCUCGUUCAACCGAUCUUUUACCAUAUUGGAAGAUUAAAGCAUUAUGCAAGUUUACUCCUAGACAAAUUAAAGCAGAAAAAGCAGUUGACAUUAUCAGGAGAACUGUUGAGGAGCUUAUCGAAAAGUGCAAAGAGAUUGUGGAAAAAGAAGGUGAAGAGAUUGAUGGGGAGGAGUACGUAAAUGACACAGAUCCAAGUAUUCUUCGUUUCUUGCUUGCCAGCAGAGAGGAGGUCUCAAGUGUACAACUACGAGAUGACCUUUUGUCAAUGUUAGUUGCUGGCCAUGAAACAACUGGCUCAGUCUUAACAUGGACUCUCUAUCUUCUUAGUAAGGAUUUGUCCUCUUUGAGAAAGGCACAAGAAGAAGUUGACAGAGUUCUACAAGGAAGAAUGCCUACCUAUGAAGACAUAAAAGAGCUGAAGUACUUAACACGUUGCAUAAACGAGUCACUGCGUCUCUACCCACAUCCUCCUGUGUUAAUAAGGAGAGCUGAAGUUUCUGAUGUGCUUCCUGGAAAUUACAGGGUUGAUCCUGGUCAAGAUAUAAUGAUUUCAGUGUAUAAUAUCCACCACUCCUCGCAGGUAUGGGAAAGAGCAGAAGAAUUUGUGCCUGAAAGAUUUGAUCUGGAAGGACCAAUUCCUAAUGAAACAAACACUGAUUACAGAUUCAUUCCUUUCAGUGGAGGGCCUCGAAAGUGUGUUGGUGAUCAGUUUGCCUUGCUGGAAGCAAUUGUUGCCCUUGCAAUUUUUCUGCAACACAUGAACUUUGAGCUGAUUCCUGACCAGAACAUUAGCAUGACUACUGGGGCAACAAUCCAUACAACAAAUGGCUUGUACAUGAAACUAAGUCAACGGAAAACUCAGCCAGUAUUUGCUUCAUCUUCUAGUAAAGCUGUAUGCAUUUGACUGUCGGACAUGUAUCCGCAUCCAACACCUGCACCUGACUCCAUGUCACGGACGUGGAAAUGUUUCUCACCCUCUUGUUAGCUGGUAAGCGACACAUAGAUGUAUUUU